UCCGGCGACGCCCAUUCUGGGCUCGGUCCGGAUGUGCAACAGUUUCCCUGAAGUUGCGCCCGGAGCUAGCUAAGGCUGACGGGCGGGAGGUUCUUGAGCGAAAGGCUGGAAGGGCGAGAGCAGCCCGGCUGGUAGGCAGCUCGCCCCGCUUGAAGAGCCGGAGAGGGCGGGCGUCCAUCCAUCCAUCCCUCGGCUGCGCUGGCAGGAGAUGCUCGGAGACGCCGUCCUUUCUGUCCUCUCGGCGCUGCGGCUGCUCCCGUUAGCUUCUCUCUCUGGGCGGGAGCCCAGGAUGUCCUCCUGAAGGCCGGGAAAGAGCGAGGAAGGCUGGGCUGUGCUCCUCCAGUAUGGGCGCCAAACAGACCAAGGGUUGCUCGCUGCCCGGCUCCUCCGGCAGCGGCAGCAGCCCCCAGGGUCCCCUCUCCACCAGCCGCCGACGGAUUUUGCCUUCUCGGGAGCGCGGAAACUUCUUGGCGUCCCUCGUAGUACGAUCGAGCGAAAAGUUUAGCAAGGGGUCUGGCGGCGGCAGCCUCCCCCCGUACCAUCGCCGGAUCGUCCUGAUCCAAGAUAUGCUGAGGAUGGUGAAACAAGGCAGGCACGAGGAGGCGACUGAUCUGCUGAAGUACCUGCGCCAGGAUUUGGGAAUGGAAUCGACUUCGCUGGAUGAUGUCUUAUAUCGCUAUGCCAGCUUUAGAAACCUUGUUGAUCCAAUCACCCAUGACCUGAUCAUCAGCCUUGCCAGAUACAUCCACUGCCCUAAACCAGAGGGGGAUUCACUAGGGGCUAUGGAGAAGCUCUGCAGGCAGCUGACUUACCAUCUCAGCCCCCACUCUCAGUGGCGACGCCAGGGCAUGGUGAAGAGGAAGCCGCAAGCUUGUUUGAAAACGAUCUUGGUGGGGAAUCCUCAGGACAACACUGUGGACUUGUCUGGCAUCCCUUUGACCAUGAAGGAAUUAGACAGAGUUAUCUCGUACCUCCAGCACAGCUCUGAAUAUAUUGAAAAUGUGGAGCUUUGCUUCACUGAGAUGACAGAUGAGACGUUCCUCCAGCUUUUGCCAGUUCUCAGUGCCCUACCUCGUCUCACAACUCUUUCCCUUAAUGGCAACAGGCUUACAAAAGCCGUUCUCCGGGACCUGACUGAAGCAUUGAAGGACACCAGAAACUUCCCCAGCAUGACUUGGAUUGAUCUGGGCAAUAAUGUGGACAUAUUCUCUCUGCCACAGCCUUUUCUGGUUAGCCUUAAGAAACGAAGCCCUACCCAAAGCAAUCUCCCAACUAUUCUUGAAUUUGGUGAAAGUCAAGUGAGUGACCUUGAGAGCCAAGAAGGUCUUUCCUCACAGGAUGAAGACCAAAAUGAUGGCCUGGAAGACACGAAGCCCAGGCAGGUAUGGACAGGUGAAGCUAUUGAGGUUAAGCUGCUGCCAAAUGAAUCUACAAAUCAAGAACAUUUGUUUCAGACAUGAAAUAAAGAGUUCUCUCUCAUUUGUCUAGGUCCCUAGGAUGUGCCAAAUGGAUCCUUUAUAACCACAAAGGAUCUUGGCUAGUUUAUGCUAAUGAAGCUCUCUUCAAAUAAAAACUUUUAAUUCCUUAACUUGCAGGACCAAAAUGGGGAGACCAAAUUACAAUUGGCUCCAAUUCACAUAUUAAUGAUCCGCUACAAUCUGAACCAUUAUGUAGAAUUCUACUGGAAGGGAUUAUUUAUGCCAAUCCUAACUACUUGCUCAGUGCAGUAUCCAAAUCAAAGCAUCCCUUUAACUCCUGAAACCUUGUAGUUAUCACAGGGGUGAUUGCUAGUUGACUGUUCAGUUGAAGGUUUAAGAAACACAAACAAAAAUGCAAUGCCACUAUUGAGCCUGUUUUUUCCCCCAGGUUAAACACUUUAGAUGAAUACACUAAAUUUUCAUAUUAGGUAUACUGGUACAAAUAAUUCUGUACUUGUUAUAGUUUUUACUUUCCAAAUCAAUUACUUUGAAUAGAAGCUUUACGUGAGAAAAUUCCAUGCUUGGAUAGAAACAAAAUUAAUCCCAUGGAUUAAACAGAAACAUGUUAAUCAACUCACCAAAACAAGUUUGAAUGUCUCACUGAAUAAUCACUGCCAAGAAGGUAACCAUCACUACUAUACCUUCUGCAUUUCAUUCUCUCCCAACCAAUUUAUUGUCUCCUGUCCCAAAUAAGCCAUGGAUGUGUACCUAUCUCAGGUUAUGCCAUGAAUCUGAUGAAUUUGGCUGAAUUUGAAUCCAUGAGUUUUAUUUGUAAAGUCUUAAGGUGGUACAAGAUUGCUGGUCUUAAAAUGUAAUUUUUAUAAAUUAAAAGCAGUGUGUCAGCAGGACUGAAAAACUUGCACCUUCUGAAAUCUGUCUCUAGAAUGAAAUGAAAUAAAAAUGCAUUGAUAGAUGACACUGGUUAGUAUAAAUGAAAAACUUCCCAUUCCCUUUAAGGGAUGUGAAUUGGUGGUACUUUAAAAACAUGUGCCUUCCUGGUGUGUGUGGGGAGCUCCCUUUUAGGAUUAGCAAGGCCUUGGCUCUAGGCACCAGGGGAUGAAAUUUUGGUGGUGGCAACCCCAAGCAUUUGUUGCAAGUUGCUAUUACACUUUGUGAAAAAAAAUGCAGCUUUCUGGAUUUCAUCACUGGCACAGAAGAGACAAUAGAAAUCAAUUCAGCUUGAUAGUGUUAAUUUUUCCUGAUGUUUAGGUACCUGGAUUACAUACUGUGGGAGCUUUAGUCACCAACCCUUUGCAGCACUUGACUGUCAUGAAGUAAAUGCUGGCUUUGUUGUUUUUCUGAGCUACCCAUGAAGAAUCUUGCCCAAAUUUAACUAUCAUGCCAAUCUCUUGUGUGAGCUUUCAACAAUAGUUUUGGUACUUCAUCCUGGCAGGUUUGAAGAGCGCCCUACGGCUGAUACCUUUCAGAGUGGGUUGUGAUUGUAAUUGCUAGGACUAAUCUACUUUGGGGAGGAGGUGCGACUCAUCACGUGACCAAUUUUCAGGAUCAAUGUUUUUCCCUAAAACCCCACUGUUGUUGUGCCCAUUUUGAGUACUUGUAUGUUUUCAGUAGUGUCAAUCUGGUACUUUCAUAGAAAUGAACAGCUCCGUAUUGUCCUAGUUUGCAUGUAGCUAAAGUCUUUUAUAUGCUUUGUCAAGAAAUAAAACUUGUUUGAAAGAUG